UUAAGUCGUCUGCCUUACUAUAUAUAGAUAUGAAAAGAAUGUCACAAAGACCAGGCUGAACAUUCGUAUAUAUCGGUUGUUUUUGUUUAAACCUAUUAAUUAUUUAAUCUCGAUUAUACAUAUAGAUCUAUAUCAUAUAUCAGAAUAUCGAGUCCAACAUCGACUAUUUUUAUCAAGGAUCUACCGUUCCUUUUAAAUGUCAUUGUCUUUAAAGUCUAUCAUAUCAUACUUGUUGAUCGGAAGGUAUUUGCUCGAAGGAACGGUGGAAUUGGACCGUGUGUAACGCUGAUAUAAUAUGAUAUUUACUGGAUUAACGACUUGCGAUCGGAAUACCUCGAAAACCACGCCUUAAUCUUUGGAUUAACAGUUUAAGUAGUGUGGUCAUUUGCAGGACAUUUGGCCGAUUGUUUCGAAACUGUGUCAAGUGUAGGAGAAAAAUAAAUUAUUUACAAUAUUGCACUACAUGUGCUUUGUAUAAAAGACCACUGGAAUAGUUUUUACACGGAUUGCAAUGGCGCAAAUGGCGUUAGUUCUUUUACUUGCAGUUAUAUUUCAAGUUUGUAUGGUAUGUAAAUGUCAGAACAAUGGACCAAAUACAACAUGUAAACAAGGAGCACCGAAUCCUAGUGAAGUUGCACAGAUGUGUUACAACUCUUUCGCUAGCAGCUCAGGCUUCGUUUUGCUCGAUGUGUCGUCUGCACGUUUUGCAAUGCCGCCAGAUGGCGCGUCCUCCUGCAAGUGUACCUUAUACAUAGAAGAGCAAGACAACUCUCAAAGCACCAGCUUAGUAAUUAGCGCAUAUACACCUUCGAAUAUGACGGAUUGUGGUACACAAAUCAACAUUAAUACUACCAGAAGAAAAAACAACAUAUCUUGUUCCGAUAUCAGUACAACGUUUCAAGGAAACCAAGCUGUUUUUACGUUAUCACGUGACCUCACGCCACCAGAGAACGGCUAUUUAUAUGAUUACUGUUGGGUUAUUUAUCCUACGGGUAACUCAAACAAUGUAACGUUAUCGUGUGAAGCUAUAAAAACUACACAAACCACUAGCCCCGGUCCAUCAACUAAUACAACAACUCAGCAUACAACACAAUCAACCACUCAAUCAUCAGGGCAAACAACGACUCGCCCGUCAACUACACAAACAGUUACACAAACAUUGCCAGUACAAACAGAAGCAACAACACAGAACAUAUCUUCCUCACAAUCUACAACAACUGAACAACAAACUACCAGUAAACCAACAGAUACGACAUCUACUACACAAAUUGCGACAGCUAACACAACAUUGUGCACCCCAAAGACGACUGAGUCCACGAUCGAGACCACGACUCAGACAGGCACACACUCAUCCACCGAUACCACAACACAAGUAAGUAAAACAACUUUAACGCAGCCAUCAACGCAGAACGAUACACAAACACCAAAAGAUUCUACCACACAAGUAACAUCGGGCACCACGACGGCAACAACUCGCGAGGAAACAUCGGGUAACACAACAAAGCAAACAACACAGAAGGAAACAUCGGCUACCACUACGCUAUCUACCACAGAACAGGAAACAUCGAUAAGUACUGUAUCUACUACUGAAAAGGAUGCAUCGGGAACUACGACAUCAACCACAAAGAAUGAUACAUCGGGAAAUUCGAUUUCUACUACAGAAAUGAAAACGCCUGGAACUUCGACAUCUCCUACGGAAAAAGAAACAUCGAGAACUACGACAUCCACCACUAGAAACAGUACAUCGGGAACUACGACAUCUUCUACGGGAAAGGAAACAUCGGGAAUGACGACAUCUACUACAGAAAAGGAAACAUCGGGAACUACGACAUCUACAACGGAGAAGGAAACAUCGGGAACUACGACACCUGCAACUGAAAAGGAAACAUCGGGAACUACGACACCUACAACUGAAAAGGAAACAUCGGGAACUACCACAUCUUCAACAGAGAAAGAGACGUCGGGAACUACGACAUCUUCCACAGUAAACGUAACAUCGGGAACUACGACACCUACAACUGAAAAGGAAACAUCGGGAACUACUGCAUCUACUACUGAAAAGGAAACAUCCGGAACUACGACAUCUACAACGGAGAAAGAAUCAUCGGGAACUACGACAUCUUCCACAGCAAACGUUACAUCGGGAACUACGACACCUACAACUGAAAAGGAAACAUCUGGAACUACGACAUCUACUACUGAAAAGGAAACAUCGAGAACUACGACAUCUAAAACGGAGAAAGAAACAUCGGGAACUACGACAUCUUCCACAGCAAACGUUACAUCGGGAACUACGACACCUACCACUGAAAAGGAAACAUCGGGAACUACGACAUCUACUACUGAAAAAGAAACUUCCGGAACUACGACCUCUACUACUGAAAAGGAAACAUCGGGAACUACGACAUCAACUACUGAAAAGGAAUCAUCGGGAACUACGACACCUACAACUGAAAAGGAAACAUCCGGAACUACGACAUCUACAACGGAGAAAGAAACAUCGGGAACUACGACACCUACCACUGAAAAGGAAACAUCGGGAACUACGACAUCAACUACUGAAAAGGAAACAUCGGGAACUACGACACCUACAACUGAAAAGGAAACAUCCGGAACUACGACAUCUACAACGGAGAAAGAAACAUCGGGAACUACGACACCUACAACUGAAAAGGAAACUUCCGGAACUACGACAUCAACUACUGAAAAGGAAACAUCGGAAACUACGACACCUUCAACUGAAAAAGAAACAUCGGGAACUACGACAUCUACUUCGGCGAAAGAAACAUCGGGUACCACGACAGAACCAACCCAAGGCUCGACAGAAGAUUCCACUGGGGAUAAGCAGCAAAAGGGAACCAAAACAACUUUCCCAUAUGCAGCUGUGAUUGGGUCAUGUGUCGGUGUUGUCUUAAUUGUGAUUGUUGCAAUCAUAUUAUCAUGUUCUAAAAAUCGUAAUAAUUCGUAUGAGAUGAGUGGAACAGCACCGUUUACACCAUUGACGAAUGAAAAACGUCACUUCCUGCCACCAGACGGAGGCGAAUCUCCGUCUAACAAUCACUUCCACAAAAAUGAUAUUGACAAUGAGGAAAUGGAUCUUUCUUUAUGGGAAACUAAACCUCCAACUGCAGAGAAUACUAAUACUUAUUCCAUGGCCUUUGACAAUAAAACCUUUAAUAGUAAUGACGUUCCUGAAAUAAAAGUAUCUGAACUUCCGGAGCCAUCCCCUGGUAACGAGCAAGCGCCUGUACCGGAUGUUUUUCCUGCGCCUGACAGACAGGAAGAGGUGGUAAAUGACAUGAUAGACGUUCUUGUACAUCCAGACUCUUGAUUAAUCAUUUUUAAAAUCAAUGGCAACUAUGUGUUCCAGUUUUUCAAAUGAAUAGUUGGUCCGAAUCUGACAAUAUUGAAAGAAUAACAUCUAACAGAUGUACAAAGUAUUAAAAUAAUUGUGUGUGUGUAUGUUGACGACGAGGAGGUCAGAUGUUUAAAAAAGAUAAUGGAGAAGGGUCGUAUACUAAAUUUCUUAAUUUCUUUUUUUUUUGUGGUUUACGUACGGUUUGUAAUCUAUUUGUAGACGCUCCGAAAAACAGAAUAUCAAGGAUAUAGCUGCUCUCUGCAGUCUGUAUUAAAAAAUUAACUGCAGUAAGUUUAUAGUUCCAGUCAGUCUGUUUGACACCAGUUAGAGGUUGCCAGAUUAUAUAAAACGACUUCAUCUUAUGCUAUAAUUUUCUACUAAACUUUUAUUAUCUAGCUUUAAUAUUAUUAACAUAAAUAUGUUUGUAAGCAUGGUCGGAUACCCAUGGUUGAUUAACACGUAUUUUAACAUGUAAUCAAUAAAUGUAAAUGGUUCGGCGUGGGUAUAUGACGAUGGUCAGUAAGUAAGGACCACAUUCACUAGGAACUGACAUGUUUUUUUCUAAAGAUACUCCACAUAAGUGCUAGAUGUUCAUUUCUGCAAUUGUAUUUUUUAUGUUGAUCUCUCAAAAGUCUUAUAGAUAAAUAGACAUCUAUAUAUAAAGUAUGUUAGGUAUGAAAAAUUAUGAGUGGGAAAGACAUGCAAAUGAAGUUACGUAAUUUUAGAUAGAAUGUAGAAAAGAAAAAUUCAUGCGCGAAGUUUAUUGAAAUAUAUAUUU